AGGAAAACAUAUUUAGUAAUAAUGCAUACAAAUCUAAUUUAGAAAUCCCAAAAGAUAUUCAACAAUACUCAAAUUCAGCUCUUAAGAAAGGUGAUAUUUACAAUGAAGCAUUCAAAUCUGGUGCAAAGGGUUUGCCUUUUCUCAAGGUCUUGGAUGAUGGGAAUAUUGAGGGAAUCUCUGUUUUAGUAUCAAGUAUGGAUCCUACAACCAGAGGGAAUUUGUUAAGGCGAUGCUCUACAGGACCAAGCGAUCUGAUUUUAUUUGCAGUGGGUCAUCACACAUCUGUAAAUAAAACUUUAGACCGUCUUAGAGUUUAUGUAGCCCAUGACCUAGGUUUGGUUGACCAUGGCAGGCAUUCAGUUUUGUGGAUCACUAAUUUUCCGAUGUUUGAGUGGAAUGAUCCAGAGCAAAGGCUAGAGGCUCUUCAUCAUCCUUUCAUUGCACCAAAUCCUGAAGACAUGAAUGACCUUGCAUCUGCUCGUGCGUUGGCUUAUGACAUGGUUUACAAUGGAGUGGAGAUUGAUGGGGGAAGUCUAAGAAUUUAUAAAUGUGAUAUACAACAAAAGGUUUUGGAGAUUGUUGGCAUCUCAAUGGAGCAUGUUAGUGGAGCAUUAAUCGGAAAUAAUGACUACGUCACCAUUCCUGUGCUUAGUUGUCUUUUUAUUUAUUUUGCAUCUUUCUAUAUUUAUAAAAUGCUUCAAUGUUGCCAGACAAAUUUAAACUAGAAUUAUGUAUGGUUAUUGUUUUCCUGUGUCCCA